CCAGGGUAUUUGCCCGGAGUCAGGUCCCUGGAAAGCGGCUUGUGGCAUCAUAGAUAUUCACAAAAUGCCUUAUUUUACAAAACUCAUUUUGUUACUGCUUUGCCUGAUGGUUCUUGUGGAGAGCAGAGAGCCCAAGGGGAAGAGAUGGACAGGGCAGCUGGAAGCACCCAGACCAAGUCACCUUUACAAGAACAACCUCGACGUGACCAAAAUCCGGAAAGGAAAACCUCGGCCACUUCUCAGAGUGGAGGACCACGAUUUCACCAUGAGGCCUGCCUUUGGAGGCCCUGCCAUCCCCGUGGGUGUGGAUGUGCAGGUGGAGAGCCUGGACAGCAUCUCGGAGGUGGACAUGGACUUCACCAUGACCCUGUACCUGCGGCACUACUGGAGGGAUGAGAGGCUGUCCUUCUCCAGCACCAGCAACAAAAGCAUGACCUUUGAUGGCCGCCUGAUAAAGAAGAUCUGGGUCCCCGACAUCUUCUUUGUUCACUCCAAAAGGUCAUUCACCCACGACACCACCACGGAUAACAUCAUGCUGAGGGUGUUCCCGGAUGGGCACGUGCUCUACAGCAUGAGGAUUACGGUCACUGCCAUGUGCAACAUGGACUUCACCCACUUUCCCUUGGACUCCCAGACCUGUUCUUUGGAGCUGGAAAGCUAUGCAUAUACAGAUGAAGAUCUGAUGCUCUACUGGAAGAAUGGGGAUGAAUCCCUGAAAACAGAUGAGAAGAUCUCCCUGUCUCAGUUUCUAAUUCAGAAAUUUCACACCACUUCCAGACUGGCCUUCUACAGCAGCACUGGCUGGUACAACCGUCUGCACAUAAACUUCACGCUGCGUCGCCACAUCUUCUUCUUCUUGCUCCAAACUUAUUUCCCGGCCACCCUGAUGGUCAUGCUGUCCUGGGUGUCCUUCUGGAUUGACCGCAGAGCCGUGCCCGCCCGAGUUUCACUGGGUAUCAACACGGUACUGACCAUGUCCACCAUCAUCACGGGCGUGAACGCCUCCAUGCCCCGCGUCUCCUACGUCAAGGCCGUGGACAUCUACCUCUGGGUCAGCUUUGUGUUCGUGUUCCUCUCGGUGCUGGAGUACGCAGCCGUCAACUACCUGACCACGGUGCAGGAGCGGAAGGAGCGGGAGCUGCGGGAGAAGUUCCCCUGUACGUGUGGAAUGCUUCACUCGAGAACCAUGAUGCUGGACGGAAGCUACAGUGAGUCUGAGGCCAACAGCUUGGCUGGGUACCCGAGAAGCCACGUUCUGACAGAAGAAGAAAAGCAGGACAAAAUAGUGGUCCACCUGGCCCUGAGCAAUGAAUCUAAUUCCUCCAGGAAGAAGGACCUUGUGAAGGGCCAGAUGGGUCUCCGCCUCUUCCAGAACACCCACGCCAUUGACAAAUACUCCAGGGUGAUAUUCCCUGCCUCCUACAUAUUUUUCAACUUAAUUUAUUGGUCAGUGCUUUCCUAGGGGCUCCAAGGCUGUGCCUAUGAAAGGGCCGACACUUCUGUGGGGCCUGGCCAGCCACCGGCACAUGGACCUGCUGACCACGCUCCCCUCAGCAGGCAGAGCAGCAGCCCCUGGACUCCUGUGAGCCGCAUCCCUGACCUCGCGGGUUUGCCCCUCAUUCAUGCUGUGCUCUGCCCCACUUCGUGUUUCUCUGGGAUUGUUUUCUUCUCUCCUUGUGCGUGAACAGCCUAUGAGGGCCACCUCCUAUAGGAAAAGAUUCAAACGCCUUCCAGAUAUUCUGAGACCCCUAGGAGGCGUAGGAUUGAGUUGUGAAGGAAAGGGGGGAAUGGAGGGCAACCUUAGGGGUAAUCUGGAUAGGAGAUGGGAAAUUAGGAUAAAAAAUAGGAACAAGACAUCUGUAAACACAUACAACUGGAUUAAGUGCCUACCCAAGAAGGAAGAAGGCUUAGAAUUGGACAGGAAAUCAUUUGACCUGUGUGAAUCUGGCAAUUGGCAUGAUCUUGCAAUAUUAGGGGACAUUUACCCAGCCACUCCCCCACUUAUUAACUAUGGAGCGCCAGGUGCUGUGGAAAUGAUCAGGCAGAUGUUCUCUUUUCACGGAGAACUCCUCUAAGCCUGUCUGUGCUCAUUCUGCAUCUAGCAGAAAGCGCUUCUGCUCUCCUCCUGCCCUCGACCCCCAGGUACCCUACAUGCCCAUCCUGUUUGCUGGUGCUUUUCCUGCUAGGUCUGUCUACAAAAGCAUUUCCUGUCUCCUAUGAGGCCCUCAAGAAGCCAGCUCAUUGCCCUCUCUUGGAAUCUCCAUGUAGGAGAAGCCUAGCGCCGGGGAGGGACAGGGAUGAGAGAAUUAGUGACAACAGAACUUGGUCGGGGGUGGAAGGAGGCAUGGGUCUGCUGCGGAAAUUUGUUUCAGAUGUCAUCUUACCUCCCUCUCUAUGCUUCUUCCCCAGCAGGUGUCCUCAAUAAUCCCCGUGCCCAGGCCCCGCCCCCACCCCGACAUCCCCCAGCUGUGCCAACCAGAGUGCCCCAUACCCGAGAGUUAAUUUCUCCCUUACUUCCACAAGCUAGUGACUCUUUCCUCUAAUGCAGCUAAACUCAGAUUAGGAAAGCAAUCUGAUUUAUUGACUCUACAGUAUAGAAUCAAUAUUGUUUGUGACUAUUCCCCUUAAUUCUGUUUUAGGUGUUUGCUAGUCAAUGUAGUAGAAACUUUAAUUAGUAGAAGACAUGGUUUUGAGAAUGGGACAUUUUCUUUAAAUCCCAGCACUUGGAAUUAGAAGACUGUUCUAGGACAAACAGUCUUCUAAAUCAGUAAGAUUUCUUGCUUCCUGAAGGAAGUUCUGCUCUUUUCCCCACUGGCCUACCACCUUGCUGCUCAGAGUCUGGGUGUCUGGUGCUCUGGUCAAAAGCAGACACAUGGUGGCCCUGGCCGGGUAGCUCAGUUGGUUGGAGUGUUGUUCCAAUGCGCUAAGGCUGCAGGUUUAAUCUCCAGUCAGGACGCGUGCAAGAAUCAACUAAUGCUUAUAUGAAUAAGUAGGACAACAAACCACUGUUUUUCUCUCUUUCCCCUUUCUCUCUCUCUAAAAUAGAUUUUACAAAAAAGAGCAGACAAAUAGUAUAGCCAAAGAGAGCAUAAGCCUGCCUUAAAUCAGGUGCACGCUGGCCUGUGGAAUCUGCUCCACAGCCCAUGCCUCCCAGGGGCAGGAUUCUCAGUUUCUGAGGACUGGAGCACACAGGGAUACCAGAGCCUCCAGAAGUUUCAAGUCAGGGGCCAGUAGCUACCUGAUCCUCUCAUGCCCUCAGCAUGACUGACAGCACAGUUGCUCUCUGCAUCCCAGCUUCUCUGCUCCUUCCCCGGGGACAGGGCCUCUCCCACUCCUCUGUUCCCAUAUCCACUCCUCACGUGACCCUGGUCCCAGACACUCGCUUCACUACUCCACUGCCUGUGUUGAAGACCCAGCACAUCAUCUCUAGUCACCAGCCCUCAUCGGAGUCAUGGCCUCCAGCUCAUUGGUCCAGAGGUGUGUAAUUCAAGGAGCUGAACUCUCAGUGAUACACUCCGGGAAACAAUGUGAAUUAGAUUACCUUGGGCAACUACUAGUUCAGGAAGUCCCCAAGACCACUCUCAGGUUUAAUAAUUCUCUAGGAGUUUAAGGACGUGGGGAAGAAGAAACGUACAUGCUACAUGUACAUGUAGAAAAGGACACACUAGACCUAUGCUACCCAAUAUAGUAGCUGCUAGCCAUGUAUCUAUUUAAAUUUAAAUGAAAGUUAAAUAAAAUAAAAAGUUUAGUCUCUUAGUUGCACUAGUCACAUUUCAUGUGCUCUGCUCCAUAGCCACAAAUGGCUAGUGGCUGAUUGUACAGAUUGAUAGAACAUUCCCUCAAUCAUAGAAAGUACUACUCAUGCUUCUUUAGAUGGAGCAGUCAGCCUGAGAGAAGGCCUGGAAGAGACAGGCAAGUUUGGAUUGCAGAGUACAGGAUUGGUGGAGCGAGUCACUUGCUUUGGCUGGAUCCCAGGCUAUGGGAAAAGGAAGUGAGAGAUGAGAACCCCCCUCUUUCUAAAACACCAGGGGUCAAGGCAGGUGGCCCAUGCCAGAGCUAGUGAGGACAGCUUCCCCUUCACGGAAUUGUCUGGCCCAAGGCCACUGGAUUUCCCAGCCUCGUGGACAAACGAAGAGUGCAACUGUGUAAACAAGGAUAAUUCAGUGGGACAGGCAUCUGGAUUUGCUGAGAAACCCUUGCUCUCUAGAGACUCAAUACUAAGUCACAAUACUGCUCAAAUAAUGAUAAUUAUAUUGUAAUUAAAUAUAUCAUAUUACUUUGUUAUCUUAUUUAAUUUUAACACCGCUCUGACUACAUUGGCUUCAUAAAUCGAGGCUCAUAUAACAAGGUAGUCUG